CUGGAGAGGGCUGACCUGUCAGGCUCUGUGCUGGAUGGAAGAGCUGCUGCAGCUUGGGAGGGCUGGGCUUGUGUUAACAGAGAGGAGCUGGAACAAACAGAGCGGUGUAAAACAUCGAGUUCUUAAAUAUAUUCUAGAGUUGUUCUGGUUCCCAAAGCUUUUACACUUCCUCACAGUAAUGAUUUAAUGGGAUUGACUCCCAAAGCAGAAAUUAAAAGUGUCUUCUUGAUUGUCUUUGGUGUUGUUCUUCCGGCUCUCACUGACUCCUGUCUGUGCCAGUGUGCCAACCUGCCAGGGGUGAAGAUGCUGCGCUCCAAUGCAGAGGGAGCGUCCCUGAAAGGCUGCAACUUUGAGGACCCAUCAGGCCUUAAAGAUAAUCUGGAAGGUGCCAACCUGAAAGGAGUGGCCAUGGAGGGCAGUCAGAUGACAGGAAUUAACCUCCGAGUUGCAACGCUGAGAAACGCCAAACUAAAGAACUGUAACCUCGGGGGAGCAACGUUGGCAGGAACUGAUUUGGAAGUGAGUUGGGAUUCAUUUUCCAUCCUAUUCCUUUCUAUCCUGUAG